AUGGCGGUGCCCCACGUGGCCGGCUGGGCGGCGCUGUACCUCGAAAAGAACCCGACGGCCUCGCCCGCACAGGUCAAGGCCGCCCUGGAGGCGUCCGCCACCAGCGGGGCCGUCACGUACGGCGACAGCGCGGCGGGGACGCCCAAUCUGAUGGUCUACGUGCCCGGCGCGGCGUUAAAGGCGGCCGGCGGCGGCAGCGGCGGCGGCGGGGCGGCGGCUGUGGUGGGCACUUAUGAGGGGUGA